AUGACAAUGUCUUUUAACUACCUUGCCAAGAAUGAAUGGCAACAAAUUCUUGAUGGGUGCAAUACCAUCGAUGCUGCUUCCAUUUUGAUCAAAAGGAUGAAGAAGUGUGGGCUGAGAAGCUUGAAGGAAGAUACAAAGAAGCACAUGACAGCCUUUCUUGUCUGCCUCCAAAUGAAUUCCACCAAGACCCUUCCUCCAGCUGCUGAGAUGUACAAACUAUCCCAGUUUGUUCAUGACACCUUCAUUGCCUGUGGUGUUCAACCAUUGCAUGGUGGUAUGGCCAAAUAUCCUCCAAGUCCUUUUGACAUUGGAGAGGCAUUCUUGGAGGCUUGCUAUGAGCCUGACAAUUGGCCUUUGAGAUCACCACCUGACAUUGUGGCAAAUGUGGGCACCAUUGUCAAACAGGUUAAGAUCAGGGUGAACUCCAAAGACCUCAAGAAUGUGCCAACACCUCAGCAGGCUUCAUCUUCAAGCACUAUGGCAGGGGGUGUGGAUCACUUCAUGGGCAUUGGCUGCAAGCUUAUGAGUAUGCUCAUGGACCAGGCAAAAGCCUUAGAUGCUUUGAAGAGUCAGCAAGUGAACAAUGACCAAAAUGGAUUGCAAUUGGCAAGGUCUUCUUCACAUCAAUCUCUUGAAUCGCCUGAGUCCAAUCCAUCAACCAUAGAUUUGCUUAACAGGAAAGUGUUGCCUGUUGAAUCAAAAGAACCUCUACCUCUUCCUGCACCUUCUGCUGAGCAUGAGACAGAGGGUACUCCUGAGGAGAUUGCUGAAGACAAGGCCAAUGACCAGAAGUCCCUUGAAGAUUAUGAGAUGGAAGCACAUGAUACGCUUACCAAAAGGCAAGCAAGAGCAAUCGAUGCA